AUGAAUGCUCCCAUUCCAAAUUCGUCACAUGCUUUGUUGGAACUAUGUACCAAUCUCCUGCAAAAUUCUCUCAAGUCCAAUGGUCGUUUCACAGCGCAACUGGUUCAUUGCCGCGUUAUCAAAUCGGGACUCGUCUUCAGCGUUUACCUGAUGAACAAUCUAAUGAACGUCUACUCAAAAACCGGCUUUGCUCUUCACGCACGCAAGCUGUUCGACGAAAUGCCUCUUAGAACAGCUUUCUCAUGGAACACGGUUCUCUCGGCUUACGCGAAACGAGGAGAUAUGGUUUCCACAUGUGAGUUCUUUGAUCAACUGCCUCAAAAGGAUUCUGUUUCGUGGACGACGAUGAUCGUAGGGUAUAAGAAGAUUGGUCAGUAUCAAAAGGCUAUAAGAACCAUGAGUGAAAUGAUCAAGGAAGGGAUUGAGCCGACGCAGUUUACGCUUACGAAUGUUCUUGCAUCGGUUGCUGCAUCUCGGUGUUUGGAUACAGGUAAAAAGGUUCAUUCUUUCAUCGUAAAGCUUGGACUUUUCGGUAACGUUUCGGUGUCGAACUCUCUGCUUAACAUGUACGCGAAAUGUGGUGAUCCAAAGAUGGCAAGAGUUUUUUUUGAUGGGAUGGUGGUUAGAGACAUCUCAAGCUGGAACGCUAUGAUUGCGUUACAUAUGCAGGUUGGUCAGAUGGAUCUUGCUGUGGCGCAGUUCGAGCAAAUGGCUGAGCGAGAUAUAGUCACUUGGAACUCUAUGAUUUCUGGUUACAAUCAGCGAGGGUAUGAUCUCAGAGCGUUAGAUAUGUUUUGGAAUAUGCUUAGGGAGUCUCUGCUGUCACCAGAUAGGUUUACUCUGGCGAGUGUGUUAUCUGCUUGUGCUAAUCUUGAGAAACUCUGUAUUGGGAAGCAGAUUCAUUCACAUAUUGUUGCAACAGGAUUUGAUAUCUCUGGGAUUGUGUUAAACGCUCUGAUCUCGAUGUACUCGAGGUGUGGAGGGGUUGAUACUGCUUGGAGGCUCAUUGAACAAAGAGGAACAGAGGAUCUUAAGAUUGAAGGUUUUACAGCUUUGCUUGAUGGGUAUAUCAAGCUUGGAGAUAUGAAACAAGCUAAGACAAUAUUUGAUUCGUUGAAAGAUCGAGAUGUAGUUGUAUGGACCGCAAUGAUUGUUGGAUACGAGCAGCACGGUUUGUAUGGAGAAGCUAUAAACCUUUUCAGGUCAAUGGUUAGAGAAGGGCAGAGACCGAACAGUUACACUUUUGCGGCAAUGUUGAGUGUAGCUUCAAGCUUAGCAUCGCUGAGUCAUGGCGAGCAAAUCCAUGGGAGUGUUGUAAAGUCAGGGGAAGUUUACUCUGUUUCUGUCAGCAAUGCGUUGAUAACAAUGUAUGCAAAGGCAGGUAACAUUACAUCGGCAAGGCUUGCGUUUGAUUUGAUACGGUGCGAAAGGGAUACAGUAUCUUGGACGUCAAUGAUUGUUGCGUUGGGACAGCACGGUCAUGCAGAAGAAGCGCUUGAGCUCUUUGAGACAAUGCUGAAGGAAGGACUAAGACCUGAUCACAUAACAUAUGUUGGUGUUUUCUCUGCUUGUACUCACGCUGGUUUGGUCAACAAAGGCCGUCAAUACUUUGAUAUGAUGAAGGACGUGUAUAAGAUUGAACCAACGCUUAGCCACUAUGCUUGUAUGGUGGACAUGUUUGGACGGGCUGGUUUAUUGCAGGAAGCACAAGAGUUCAUUGAGAAUAUGCCGAUUGAGCCGGAUGUAGUGACAUGGGGUUCACUGCUUUCAGCUUGCAGGGUUCACAAGAACGUUGAGCUUGGGAAAGUUGCAGCAGAGAGAUUGCUUUGUAUCGAGCCAGAGAACAGUGGAGCAUACUCAGCAUUGGCUAACUUAUACUCAGCUUGUGGGAAAUGGGGAGAAGCUGCUAAGACCAGAAAAUCAAUGAAAGAUGGGAGAGUGAAGAAGGAACAAGGGUUUAGCUGGAUUGAAGUGAAGCAUAAAGUCCAUGUCUUUGGAGUCGAAGACGGGACUCAUCCACAGAAGAACGAGAUCUAUAUCACAGUGAAGAAGAUUUGGGACGAGAUCAAGAAAAUGGGUUAUGUUCCUGACACUGCUUCUGUAUUGCACGACCUUGAAGAAGAGGUUAAAGAACAGAUUCUAAGGCACCACAGCGAGAAACUAGCAAUCGCUUUCGGGUUAAUUAGCACUCCGGAUAAAACAACGUUAAGGAUCAUGAAGAAUCUAAGAGUUUGCAAUGAUUGCCAUACAGCUAUAAAGUUCAUCUCCAAGCUUGUUGGAAGGGAGAUAAUAGUGAGAGACACUACAAGGUUUCACCAUUUCAAAGAUGGGGUCCGGGCAGGUCAAUUUCGAGAUGAUCACAUAAGAGCCACUGCCCGUUUUGCCCGAAGGAUUCGUAGUAACAACUACGGGCAGCUUAAUACAGACACUCUCUCUCAUCCCUCAUCUCUCUAUAUCUCAGUUUCUGAACAACUCUUGUUUGAUCACAAAUCUCUAAACACUACCAUCCAUGAACAGAGCUCAUCUCUUUUAGUUUCUUUUCUUUCCCCACAAUUUGAGAGCUCUUUCUCCGAUCUAACGGUUUCCGUAAGAACAUAA